AUAAAUGCAAAUGUCAAUUUUGAAAAAUCGUCAUGGAUUUAGGAAAAUUGCCCGGUGAAAGAAAAUUAUAUCUUUGCCAAUGGUAUUUUAAAGCUGGUUUUGCAUUUUUACCUUUUUUAUGGGCUGUGAACUUUUUGUGGUUUUUUUCUGAAGCAUUUCGCAAACCAGUAUAUGAUGAACAGAAACAGAUAAAAAAAUAUGUAGUAUUGUCUGGAAUUGGUACAUUAAUAUGGUUUAUUAUCUUAACUUCGUGGAUUAUCGUGUUUCAAACACACAGAGUGGCUUGGGGAGAGUUUGCUGACUAUCUUUCGUUUAUAAUUCCAUUAGGUGAACCUUAGGUUAUAAUUUAAGAAUGUAAUUUUAUAAUACAUUAUUUAUAUAUA